GUCGAACCCUGCCUGAAUGAGCACAAUCAAAGCCAGCGCCUGUUCACCGCGUUUCUUCGGCAACAGCACGGCGGAGAGCGAUGCGCGUGGUAGUGGACUCGUUGCUUGCACUGGCACGGUGGUAUUACAGCCUCUCCCUCGAAGAGGUUACGGUGGGCGGCCUGACAUGGUCGUACUUGGACUCGCAUCGGCCGACAGACGAGAUCGUCGUGGUUCUGCAUGGAUUCUCGAGCGUGAAAGAGUCCAUGCUUCGGUGCAUCCGUCCGCUUUUCAACGAUUAUCGUGUGAUUAUGCCAGACUUGCCAGGCCACGGGAACACUUCGUCCGACUUGGAAAGCUACCGCGCCGACGAGCAGGCCGACCGGCUCUUCGCAUUCCUCGAUCGGGUUCUACCUCCAUCACGCAAGAUCCACUUGGUCGGGUGCAGCAUGGGCGGAAUGAUCAGUGGCGUGUUUGCCGCAAGGCACUCCGACAUGAUCGCGAGCGUGACGCUCAUUUGUCCCGCGGGGAUCACGAUGCCGACCAAAAGUCCCAUCUUCAAGGUGUACGAGGAAACGGGUGAAAACCACAUGCGCGUUGAAAAGCCCGAGGACUUCACCCGCUUGCAGGAAUACAUGGCCUUCCGCCAGCGGUACAUUCCUCGAUUUAUCGUCCACUUCAUUGUCCGCGAAGUUGAAAAACGCCGCGACGCGCUGGAGAAGCUCAUGCGGGACAUCCUCUUGGACGCGUCUGUGCUGGACGAUUGCUUGGACAAGAUCCACCGGCCAUGCCUGGUGGUGUGGGGGAACCAUGACAAGAUUCUCGAUAUAUCGUGCCUCGAGGUCGUGAAAGCAAAGAUCAAGCCCCACUUGCGGGUCAAGGUCGUCGACGAUGCUGGCCACAUCGUUCAUCAAGAGCGGCACUGGGAAGUGGCCGAGUGUCUGGUCGAGUUCCUCCAGUCGUUGCCAAAGUCGACCGAGACCCCAGCCGCCCGAUCCAUCCAAGGCGCGCCAAACGAUGCCACGACCCGAGCUUGACCAUAGUCAGCCACAACCCAUCGAAGCCCAUCGACGGUCGAUUCCUUCCUCCACAAGGGACCAGUCGAAAGUUAGUCGAAUUAAGUUAUUCUCGGCACAAUCAUCGGCCUCUCACGUCCAUGCGCAUUCGUGGCGAGUCCGUGCGUUGUUCACGAUGCUCGACAACGCUUGAGAAGUUGGACGAGUAUGGACAAGCGCCGCUCACAAACUCGUCGAGAACUGCGCCGCGAGCUGAUCGAGAGUCAACGACGCCGCAUUGAUGCGCGAUGCGAGCUGGACGAUUGCUUUCGGCAAGCCUUGCGUUCGCUCGAUGAGGGGAUGGGCCGCGACAACUCGCGUGAGGUUCUCCAUCGGGUUUGGGUGCUGCAUCGUCCCGGCCAGCGGCGACAACUGGACUUCAUUCAGACUGAGCUUGCGUGUGAUGUGGCGUCGCAAGAGGUCGGCCGACUUGUUUGCGGUCAAACAGCCAAGGCGAUAUGGACUCCCACCGUGAGUUUGCAGCCGAUCCGACACGAUGUUGGUGCGCGCGGUGAGGAUCAACUUGAGCGCAAAGUGGUUGGUCAAGACGUUGUGCACGACGCUGGCAAAGCUGCGCUGGUCCGCGUCCGUCGAAAUGACCGCGUCGCACUCGUCCAGCACCACAAGCAUUCGCUUGAGCGUUCCCCCCGUCACUUGACUCCUACAUGCCAGGAAAGAUCAC